UAACCACCUGUCUAUUAUAGGCUAGUACAUUACCUUACAUUACACAACAUUUCUUCACAUGAAACAAUUCAACAUCCAAAGGGGAUUGGAACUGAAAUCGAGGAAGGUGAUUCAAAGUAAUCAACUAUUGUAAAGUUACAUAACACAGAGAUAACAGCUGAUUUUCAACAGGUUCUAACUUUUGCAAUCCAGAUGCCAAUUCAAAUUGGGCAUCAAAAUGUGCUGCUUUUGAUGCUUGGAACACGGCCUAUCAGAUAAAACUGUUAAUGAAUGCAGCGAUCAAGAACACUCAAGACUGCAUGAAAAUAAUACCGGGUUUUCAAAUUACUUUAACAGAUAUUCCAUUACAUAUACUAAAUUACACAUAUACUAAAUUACACAUCUUCUAAAAUGCCUAAUGAAAAGUUAUAAAAACAUUUAGGAUUUCUGUAAAUACACUUUAGAAAUAAAAACCUGAUUAUCUUAAUGUCUUUGAUAAUACCCAAAAUGCAUUUGGGCAUAAAUUAUAAUUCUAUAGUAAUUUAGUAAAUGUUUAAUGUAAAAUAUUCCAUUUCUAGAAAAAAUAUUUAAUUUUUUGUUCCAACCCCCCUCUAAAAGUGUUAUGUACAAGAACCUGGCAUAAAAAUUUUGAAGUGUUAACUGUUUUUAUAUCAUUUAUAUUUGUAAUUUUGUUGGUAUUAUAAUACUGAGGAAAAACAGACAUCCCUACUGCUUUGAUAUGGAGACUGAUAAAACUAUAUCUUAGAAGAUUUUUGAUAAUAAAUAUCAUUUCAACACUUUGAAGGUAAAUAUCGGCCUAUAAGACUUCACCAGCCUAAAUGGCUUAUGAGUAACCAGGUGAAAGGUUGGUAUUAAAAAGGCGCAUGAUUGAUAUUCAAUUUCAAAAUAUAUUUAUGUUUUUUUGUAUUUUAGAAAAAUUUAAAUGUCCGCAGAAAUUUGUUUUAACAAUAUUUUUGUAUUUAUUUUCUAUUUUAUAAAUGUUGGAUUUAUUUGAUCAACUCCCAAAAAUUGGCUUUCAUAUGAUGAAACAUGGUUGUGACUCAAGAAGGGCUCAAACCUAUGAUCCCUGGACUGUGAAGAAGACUCUUAACCACAUGAACACCAAUCCCCUUAUGCUAAUCGAGGUUUAAAUAGCAAUGAAUUUAUGAAAAAUUAUCAAAUGAAAUAAUGUCAAAAAAUAACAACAACAAAAUAUUACAGAGUAUCAAAAGAUUUAGUUCUUUAAACUGAAUUAUAGUCAUCCACGGGUGUAAAAAUAUAUUCAACUUCAAAAAAUUCAAACAAUUACAAUGAACUUCGACAAAUGUGUAUUAUACAGUAUCUAUCUAAAUUUAUAAUCGUUAUGCUUUCCAGACAGAAAUAUCAUUUCAACUGUUCCAAGUACAAUAUUUUAAGUUUUCAUAUAAUUCUGUUCUGUGUUUUGCCUAAGUAUAAUUAUGAUGCUAUCUUCAAAUCACAUAACCAAACAAUCAUGUCGCGAAAAUUGUAUUAUGUAUAAAAACAUCAAAGUAAAAACCUAAACAAAAAUUAAUUGUUUCAAGACAAAAAGGAAAUAUUUUUUGUGAAUUUUUUUUUUUUUAGAAAAUACAACAUAAUUCCUCAAAGAAACAUCAGUACAAAGUAGAAACCAUGCCUUUAGAGUUGAGAGGAACCAUGUAAGCCUAGCCUGAGGAGAGAAAACAGAAAAUCUCUUAUCUGACACAUAAAACCAGCCCUGGCAGAGAAUCUAUGGUAAUUUAUUCCCAAAACUGAUAAGCCACUGAUAAAAUUCACAGUAAUCGAUAAGCCAAAUCCCGAAAACUCUGUGAAACUGGUGUUUAUAGACGGGGAAUAAGUCUGGGAUGAAAUGUAUUUACCAGAAAUAUUUAUAUUACAGGGGCAGGGUAUUUACUCUGUGAUGACAGUAUGUGUCAAUGAGAACUCAUAAUAACUGUCAUACUAUAAAUGUGAGACGAGGAUUAUUAAAUAUAUGAUAUAUAUCUGUAAAAAUAAUGAUAACUUUAAGUGUCUGCAGCUUGAAAAUGUUCAAGUGCAUCCUAAGGAGACCAUACUGGCUGUAUUGAUUAGGAUAAUUACUUCUGCAGAAACUGAAUAUGUUCCGGUCUCUUUGACCAUUCAGGCUAAUCAAGAAUGAACUGGCCCUGAGCUUGAUUUAUGUUUCAAGUGAAAGAUGGAUUACCCUAAAAAAUGUUGAAAAACAUGGAAUAGAACACUAAUGAGGAAGACAUAUAUUUAAGAAGCUAGAAAUUCAGAAACAGACCUUGAGGGCAGGCAAGUAGAAAAAAUGGCAGCGGGAAAUAUUUUCAAAUAUACAUUUUUAUCAAUAUUUAUUUUCUGUGGUACCAAGAUGCUUUACCUUGUAAAAGAAUCAAGUGAAAACUAUUCAAAACAAUUGCCAGUUGAUGACAAUGAUUACUUCAAUACUUUCAAAGAGCAAAAUUUCCCAGUAUUACAUAAGGAUUCUAACAAGGUAAAAAAUAAACCUGGAUUAAUUCAAAUGGCUAUUCAACAAAGGAAUUUUAAGAAAGAUGUGGAGGUUAUAUCAAAAAUUAAUUCAACAAUGUUAACAAACAAUAAUCUUAAGAGGAAAAGAAAACUGCUGUCUGAAAUGUGGGAUACAUAUUACAAAGUUAAGGAAAGUGUAACACUUGGAAAGCAAGUUCAAAGGUUACAUGCAUUUCACCAGGUUGGGAAUGACACUUUCGUGUAUUCGGUGUUCUAUGAUGACAGGCAGAUUUCAAAAAAUAAAAACCCAGUUCUACAAAUUGUAACAAUUUCAAAACUACAAUCAAAAUCAACUUUAAUGUGUAAGUUCUCUGAAAGCAGCCGAGAGGAUGGUCAAUGGGUCACUGCAGUUAAACAGGAACUUAGUGAUAAUCAUGGUAAAAUAUAUGGGGGAGUUUUAUACACUUGUAAUAUCCCUAACAUACUUCAUAAAACUCCACAGAAGACAAUUCAUUUACAAAGUCAAAUCACUCAGGAUGAUAAUCUCUCAAAGGUGACAAGCGCAUUAGUAACCAUGGAAGUAAUUUGGCUAGAAAUGUCAAAUUGGAAGUCAGCAAUAUAUCAUGAUGCAGAUAAUCUCCAAAAAUCUCAAAGUGUGAAGCAGCAUAUAAACUCUGCAAACAAUUUCUUGGAAACUUUUCCGAAUAGCAAAGAAUCGAGAAAAAAUCAAACAAUUGAUAAAUCACAGAUAUCAAGUCCAGAAAUAAUUCAAGGGAGACAACUGGAUUUGGCAAUGAAAGAAAAAUAUAAAGAGUUAUCUAGAACUAGAAACAAUAGCUUGCCAACUGUUUCUAUAUGUGUUCCACCAUUAUUCGGCGACAUAAAACUAUCUGAAUUCAUACAGUUUGUUGAAAUUCACAGAAUUCUUGGUGCUAGUCAGAUAUUUUUCUAUAAAAUGGAUGUUACAUCUGACAUAGGACAAAUGUUGAAUUAUUAUCAUUCUCAGGGUCUGGUAUCACUGCAUGAUUGGAUAUUACCAAAAGAACUUCAAGUCUCUGAAAAUAUCUGGUACAAUGGUCAAAGUGCUGCACAGCAGGAUUGUUUGUAUAGGAACAUGGGGAAAUAUGAUUAUACUGCCUUUAUUGACCUUGAUGAGGUCAUAGUUCCAACAUCUGCAUCAGACUGGCCACAAAUGCUCGAACAAUUAGAUAAAACUUAUACUGAAGGUAAAAACAGACAUGCUGCGGCAUACAUAUUCAAAAGUGCUUUUUUCGAGCCAAAUUAUACAAAUACUGAGAAAACUAAUAUAAAACAUGAAAAAUUGUCAUUCUUGAGAAGUUUGUACAGGACUGAAAAAAUCAGUUCAAUAAGAAAUAAAGUGAUAGUAAAGCCAGUAUUUAUAGAAUUUACAGGAAUACAUCAUGUUUCUAAAUUAGUGAAUUCUGAAUUAAAUCCUGAAAUAGUUAACGUUCCAGUAAAUAAAGCACUGAUUCACCACUACAGGAAGUGUACAGAAGCCUUAGAUACAGAAAUGCAUUGUGGGAAAUAUGUAGCAGACGCAAAUUUGUUAAAACAUUCUGAGACGCUCCUAAAAAACUAUGAACGUGCAUUGGAUGAUAACAUAAAAUAUUUCAAAACUAUAAAAUAGUGUGAUAUAUUAUUAAAACAUUCCUUUAUCAUUAAAAAAUAUUAAAUGUU